UCACUCGUCCGUCUUCUCGACUACUUAAACGCUCGUCGUCGUCGUCAUCGUCCUCGUCGUCGUCGUCGUCGUCGUCGUUCUCGCCGUCCGAAAGAUACGUACACACACACACACACACACACACACACAGAUAUAUUUAUUUAUUUUUUUCGUUAAAUAUUUUCCCCGACCGAUCUCGCGUGUGUCGUUUUCAUCGUAGUCGUUACCCCACAUCAUCGCACAAAAUAAUAAUAUUGCUAUCGUAUUCGAUCGUCGGCGUUACUUCCACGUCAUGCAGGACUUGCAUCGACUUCCCCGCCGCCGCCGCCGCCGCAUUCGUCGUCCACAAGCCGCCUCGGCAGUCUAAUAAUUAUUUAUCGGUAUAACUCUAUAUAUAUACGUAAACCUACUACUCAGUCGUGUCGUUAAAGUUUAUUUCGUGAACAUCACUCCACGCGCCAGUCACCACUCGGUCAUGCGGUACGUUACUACCGUGAUGAAUCGUGUUAUUUUGGCGUCGUUCCUCUUAGCCGGCAUUGCGAGAUGUUACAAUUAUGAUGAGGUAUUGCGGUUGUCACUCAUGUUCUACGAAGCGCAGAGGUCAGGUCACCUACCUGCCAACAACCGCAUCCCGUGGCGGGGCGAUUCUGCGACCACAGACAAAGGGCAGAACGGCGAAGACUUAUCCGGAGGAUAUUAUGACGCUGGUGAUUUUGUGAAAUUCGGCUUCACUAUGGCCAGCACGACAACUAUUUUGGCAUGGGGAUAUUUAAGUUAUAAAGAUGCAUAUGAGGAAGCUAACGAAUGGGAAAACGCAUUAGGAUCAAUUCGUUGGGCCGCGGAAUACUUUAUCAAGUGUCACGUUAGCGACUAUGAGUUAUACGGACAGGUGGGUGACUUUAGUCUGGACCAAGGUUUUUGGGGUCGACCAGAAGACAUGAACAUGUCUAGGCCGUCAUACAAAAUUGACAAGAAUCGACCAGGUUCCGAUUUGGCCGGCGAAACUUCCGCUGCUCUUUCUGCCGUAUCAAUUGUGUUCACCAAAAUCGAUCCCAAUUUUUCAGCUACUUGUUUAAGUCACGCUAAGCAAUUGUACCUGUUCGCUACUCAAUACAGAGGGCUGUACCACGACGCCAUCAAAGGAGCGGCGCAAUAUUAUGAAUCAACGGAUUAUGGUGAUGAAUUAACGUGGGCCGCGGCAUGGCUGUACAAGGCUACAAAGGAAUCGCAGUAUUUGGAAGACGCUGAAUACAUGUACUCAAAAUAUAGACUCAAAGAACGACCGAACGAAUUUUAUUACAACAAAAAAGUCGCAGGCGUACAGGCUCUUCUAGCCGAACUGACUAAUCAAUCCGAAUAUACCGAAGCAAUUCAAAAUUUUUGCGACUACAAUUUAUACGUUCAAAAGAAAACACCCAAAGGACUGUUGUACAUCGAAAAAUCUGGUACACUAUGUCACGCUGCGAACAUCGUAUUCUUGUGCUUGCAGGCUGCUGACAUCGGCAUAAUGUCAACGCAAUACAGAGAAUUUGCCAAAGAGCAGAUCCACUACAUUCUGGGAGAUGGAGGACAAAGCUUCGUUGUAGGAUUUGGUAAAAACUACCCAUUACAACCACACCAUGCAGCGAGCUCAUGUAUGGACCGUCCGGCACCAUGCGACUGGGAAGCGUACCGGAGCGUCAAACCAAAUCCACAGGUGCUGUACGGUGCGCUGGUCAGCGGACCCGACGAGAACGACAACUACAAGGAUCUGAGGGAAGAAUACAUCUACAACGAGGUGACGUUGGACUAUAACGCGGGCUUUCAAUCCGCCGUCGCCGGGCUCAAGUAUCUGGAACUGCAGGCCAGCCGGAACAAGGGGCAGCUGAACACCAAUAACGAUUUUCUGUUCAACGGCAACUGGACCGACGUGCCUGCCGCCGCACCCAACGCGACGGAAGCGUGAUUUUUCCGGACCACCAACAGUACGCCGAAUCACUGAAUUUCACUUCUGUUUCUUAAAAUUAAAAUUAAAAAACAAAUGUAUAUGUUUUUUUUGAACCGGAGACGACAUACUCGCAGACCGCGAAACACAUCACUGCCGCACCAUCACAAUAUUCGAAAUAUUAUUAUAAUUAUUAUUUUAAUAGAUGAUGGCGAAAAUUCACGUAUACAUAUUAUGCGUAAGUGUGGUACACGGAGAGAAGUGAACAUAAAUUUUGGUUUUAUGAGCUUUCUCUGUAUUUCUAUUUUUUGUGAACUUAAUUAUUUAUAUGGAAAGGGAGGGGGUUAACGGCAUCUGUGUGGUACAUUUUUGUCGUACCACCGUUUUGAACACUAUAUAACGAUAUAAUACACUGUCACAUCACAACUAGAGAUGAGUUGAAUUUAAAUUUUCGAAUAAUCAAAUCCAAACAUAGUUUUUUUUUUUUUUUUUUUUUCAAUGUUCGAGAUCAAACUGGAGUAACUUUCACAUAUUUAUAAAAUUCAAACUUUUAUCAAAUAAUUACAUGAUAUUAAAAUUUAAAAUCGUAUUAUAAAAUAAUA